CAUGCUAAAGAGCAUCUUUAAAUAGUCAGGGCUGCUUUAACUGUGACAAACAUAUACAUGUGUUUAGUGUAUAAUCUUUUUACUAUAUAUUAUCCAGAGAAAUUUGGAUGUCUUUAGUGGACAAAUCCCUGAUCACAACAGGAGACAUGGCAGAUGUGUUGAAGAGUCUUAACCUCCUGGAGACCCUGAAAGAGUCUAUUGAGAAAAACAACAUUUCAGACAUAAAGGAUGCUGUUGAAGACCUGCUGAUAAGUCGUAUCAAUAUUGCAAUUACUGGGGACAGAGGGCCAGAGAAAGCCAUGUUUAUUAACUCCUUGAGAGGGCUUAGUUUUGGUGAUGAAGGGGCAGCUCUCUGUUCAUCCACUGCAGCCUCAGAAGAACUGGCUGUAUUCCAAAAUCCCAAACAUCCAGAUUUCCGUCUGUGGGAUUUGCCCAUGAUCUCCAAUGCUGACUCUUUUGACCCUGAGAAGUAUAUUGAGCGCUUCAAAAUCUCACGUUAUAACAUUGUGAUCAUGACCUUUACUCAAACUCUUAGUCAAAACACUGUGGCUGUCUGGAGAGAGGCACGUUCACUGCAGAAAGAAGGCUUGUACUUUGCUUUAUUGGCAUCUGAGAAGGACAACGAGAAGAGUUUGGAAGCUAAAAGACAAUCUAGUCUGGAGGUGCUGAAAGCUAAAGGAGUGACUUUGUCGAAAGUCUUCCUUGUGCAUCCUGACACUUUGGAAAAGCUGGACUUCCUAAAGCUCUUAGAGGACAUUCAGGGUGACCUUCCUGAAAUAAGGGCUUAUGCCCUACUUCUUGCUCUGCCGACAUUCUCCACUAAAAUAGUGGCCCAGAAGAAGGAUGCCUUUAAGGCCCUGGGGUGGGCAGCAGCCUCACUUUCUGGUGGGGUUUCUGCUAUUCCCGUACCCAUGGUAGCAUCCUUGGUGGAUACAAGUGUUGCUGUUCGGAUCUUAACAAAGGCACAGAUUUCCCUCUGCCUGGACAAUGAGUCUGUGGAGAGACUUGCACAACAAAGAGGCAUUGACUCUGCCAAGCUUAAGGCAAUGCGGACAUGCACCUUGUCAGUGGAGGUCAGCAAGAAUGAAGUGAAGAAGUGGCUUACAGCAGCUGAGAGAGACACAACCACAGCCACUAAGAGACUGGUGGAACUGGCUAUGCCACGGCAAGCGAGAGCUGUGAGUCACGCCUUUACUGUUAUGCUGCAAGCUAUCAACUCUGCCAUCGAUGACAUGAGUGCUGAUGCUGAAAAUAUUGUAGCUUUGGCAACAGGGGAGUCACAGUGACUAAAAAAUCUGUAUAUUUGUUCUAAAACUGUUAUGCUUUCGAAAAAAGAAUUACGCAGGGUUCAGCAAAUGAGGACUAAUGUGUUUUGCUUGUAGAUAUUAAAAAAUAAAAUGAGACCCACUAUGUUUUGACAGUUUCCCGCUCAACUUAGUAGCUUUUACAGAAAAGUAAAUUUACCUUAUGAAACUUGCAGCAAGAUAUACUGAUACAUAUUUAUUUUCCACCUGUUUAUAAGUUCAUGCUUGAAUAAAUAAUGUGAGCAUUUUGUGCAUUGAUGCUUUGAAAUAAAUUAAGUGUAAACAUGUCUAAAUCUAUUUAAAGAAAUAACAAAAUAAAUAUGGUUUUAAUAAUAGAGCCUGACUUUUAGCCUAAUGUUAUAUUACUUGGUCGUGAUCCUUCCAGUAAGGAAAAUAUAAAAUUAAAAUAUUGUAAAUUUACAGAAUAAUUUGAGAAAUAUUAGAGAAUUUGUGUCACUUAUCAUUUACAACAAUAUUAUACAAACAGCCAGGAACAACUUAACAACCUAUGUGUAUGUACGUGUUGAACAGUUGUGCUUUUAAUGAUACACAGUAUUGCUGUUGACCUGUAUUUAGUGGAGCUUAUCCAGCUGUGAGACCCCUUUUAAUCAGUUUAUAUAUUCAUUUCUUAUACACAAAGUAAUUCUGAGAUUAUAACAUCAAACAACAUUUUUGCAUAAACACCUUUUCAGUACAUUUUCUUCUCACCCUUCUUAUAUGUUUAUAAAAGGGACAGAUUUAAUUAAUUUGUAUUAAAUGUUGUGGGACCCACAAUCACUCACAGCAUCACUCUUCCAAUCUAGCACUUCAAACCAGGUUCUUUUUGCAACAAUUCUCACAAAAGUACAAAUACAGUGGAACUUCAGGAUACGAACGUCCCUGAAUACGUGUAAUUCAGAACACGGAUCGUCAUUCGCCAAAAUGUCCGUAUCAGUUUAUAUAUAAAAAUUCGGGAUACGAUUUAUUAGAAACUCGCGGGCGAAAUUUAAAGGGGACGUUGGUUCUUAUGUCACGCAACCCGCACGUUUUCCCGCCUAAGAAAGUUUAGUUAGCAUCUUGAAUUCAUUGUGAUAGCAUCGUCUGUCAGCCCGCUUGAGCACUUCAGGCAUUACCGCCUCAAUCACCGAGGAAACGCCCACUCCCAACCAGCUGCACGGAUAUGGCGUCUAAUUUUCUGGCACUUAUAAGGACGCCUGAAUCCUCCAGACAGUGCCAGAUUGUCUUUAGGCUUGCCCUGAUCACGCUCCAGCGUAUUCUCUGUUUUGUUCGUUCUUUUGUUUCUGACCUGAUCAUUCUGUCCUCCGGUUUCCGGCUCGGCUCGGCUCGCGCUGAACGCGCUCCGGUUUCCGGCUCGGCUCUGCUCUGCUCGCGCUGGACGCGCUCCGGUUUCCG